AUGGAAAAGAACAUCUGUUAUCGGCAACGAAGGAGAAAAGAAGUCGUCUACGACGAUUGCGUACUCGAGGACUCCUUGUCCCAAGGUGACUGGCACAUCGAGGAGGACCCAAACGUGGACUACGAGAUGCUGCUCAGAGGAUUACGAGCUUGUGCUGAACGUGCCUCGAAGCCGCGCACGACAAACUUGGAUCGAAUUUCAAAGACCACCGAGGAAUUUUUGGAAAGAAGAAGGGCUUUGAGGCUUGAUCCGAAUGCAUCGCACAUUGAGCGGUCAGUAGCAAACACUAGCUGCAGAAAAGCGUUGCAGGAGGAUCUUUCGAAAUACAGGGAGAAGAUUCUGGAUGCAGCACAAAGAAGCACCAGUCUAAAUAAGUGCCGCAGGGAUCUCCGCGAAUAUAAUACUCCGCUAGCAGCCUUGCUGAGCGAAGACGGGACUCGCACGUCUUCUCGUCAUGAAAUGGAAAUCAUUACAGAAAGGUUCUACUCGGAAUUUUCCCGUUUAUCAACUCCCGUGUCAAGCCCGAUCAUCCCCACUGGUGAAGUUCCACCACGAAUUCUGCCUUCAGAAGUACGAGUCACUAUCAAGAGCAUGGAACCUGCCACAGCCCCCGGACCUGAUUUUAUAUCAGCGGACUUUCUUCGGGCUGGUGGCCAUCCGCUUCAUGUAAUCUUAGCAGCGCACAUGACAUCCUACCUUCAGAAAGAAAGGAUCCCAGGCCAGUGGAAGACCUCGCGAACCGUUCUUAUCCAUAAGAAAGGUGACCGAGAGGACUUUCGGAACUACCGUCCGAUAUGCUUGCUGAGCGUGUUAUACAAAGUAUUCACCAAGAUCAUCUUCACGCGCAUAUCUAGGACGCUGGAUGAAGCCCAGCCUCAAGAACAAGCUGGAUUCCGUCAGGGGUUCAGCUGCUUGGACCACAUCCAGACCGUGUCGAGGGUCAUAGAGGCUUGCCGGGAAUACCGUCUGCCCUUUGUUCUAACCUUCGUCAAUUAUGAGAAAGCCCUCGGCAGCGUACAAACGAAUGCAAUACUGUCAGCGCUGGUCCAUCAAGGUGUGGAGGCCUCGUAUGUGAGGACAUUAGCCAAUUGCUACGAUCGAUGCAGCUCUAAGAUACAGCUUUUCCAUCGCCCUCUCACUAUACCAAUUGGAAAGGGUGUACGACAAGGCGAUACUAUAUCGCCGAAGGUGUUCACGGCUACAUUACAAUGA